UGGACCGGAAUGGUAUGGUAACUUGUUUUGUGUUCGUGUUACAUUAAAACUAUUAAAUAUUAUAUAAAUAAACUUCUAUAAUUUCAUUCCUCCCAUAAAUAAUGGUUGUGGCUUAUACCUUCCAAGAUGUUAUUGAUAUUUUACCAGAGACAAAAACCUUCAGCUUGCCGGCAUUCAAACCAACUCCUUUGAAAAUUGAAUAUGUAAAGGAUACUAGUUUAGGAACUACUUAUUGUAGCGUGGAACCUGCUUUGCCAUUUGCAAACAGUGAUGUGUUUCAUGCCAGUAUUUUGAGUUCGAGGCGCCUCACUGCCACAUCAGGGGACUGCAAAGCUGUUUAUGAAGUCACCUUCGAUGUUGAGGACAGCAAGUUUGAAUUUAAAGCUGGCGAUACAAUAGGUGUUAUUCCACACAAUGAUGAGUCAGAUGUAAAUUUGAUCAUUAGUCAUCUGAACUUAGUUCCAACAGUAGAUCUGUCUUACAGGCUAACUCUGGAUGAUACAGUUAAAGGAGCCAAGAUACCUGUUCAUGUACCUAUAAAGUCUACAAUAAGGCAUGUUUUGACACACUGUUUGGACCUUAGAAGCAUAUUGAAAAAGGCCUUUCUCCUAGCUUUAUCAAAAUAUACUAAGAAUGACAAAGAAAAACAGUUGUUAGAGUAUUUUUGCAGUAAAGAAGGUUCAGCUGCAUAUUCCACACAUUUUCUCAACAAAAGUCUAUGUAUACUAGACAUAUUUACUAUAUUCCAAUCAUGUAAACCUCCCAUAGAGGUCUUAUUAGCAAACCUACCCCGACUAUUUCCAAGACCUUACUCAAUAGUUAACAGUGGCUUAAAAGACAAUAGAGAAUUGAAAAUUUGUUUUUCUGUAAUAGAACAUGAGAGGAAAGGUCUCACCACAAGCUGGCUAGAAAGACUAGCUUUGAAUGAAGACUCACUUGAAAACGGAAUCACAACCCUGAGUAUAUCAAAUGAGGUCAAAGACAAGCAAAAAGUUUCUAUUUACCUAAGAAAGAAUUUAAACAUGUUCUGUUUGCCAGACAAUGCUGAAAAUCCCUUGAUACUUAUUGGUCCUGGUACUGGAGUAUCACCAUUUAUUGGAUUUUUAGAAGAAAGAAAAAUUAUGAGUCAACAUCAAUCAGACAUAAGAUUAGGUGAAACUUGGUUGUACUUUGGCUGCAGAAAUCCUGAAUUGGAUUUUAUUUAUGAAGAAGAACUAAAUCAAUUUUUGUCUGAAGGAAUACUGAACAAACUUUUUGUAGCAUUUUCAAGAAUAGACCACCAUAAACAUAAAUACAUUCAGGAUGCUCUUAGAAACAACGGAAAAGAAAUCACCCAACUGAUAAAAGAAGGUGCCUCCGUUUUCGUUUGUGGAGAUUUAAAAACAAUGGCUGCAGAAGUCAAGGAAAUAUUAAUAAAAUGCUUUGUAGACCAUGAAAACAUGUCUUUACAAGAAGCUCAGGAUAAAAUAACUGAAAUGCAGAAGGAGAAAAAAUAUGUGGUUGAUGCAUGGUGUUAAAGUAAUUACAACACUAGUAAUUAUUGUGGUUGAAGAAAAGUGCUUCAACUUGGCAAUUUAUACAUGCCUAUACCAUGUUCAAUCUAAACGAUCCAUUUCGCAAUAAAAACUAAUUGGCUUACCAAUUAUCGGCGCCAAUGAUGGAAUGGACGCCGUGAACGGAAUAUGGUGAAACUUGGCAGCAAUACCUAUAGCUUACAUAUUAUACCUACCCCUAGGCUACUUUUUAACCAGAUUCGGGAAGUAGUUUUCUCAGGAAGAACAUGGAAGUCGAUAGCGGAAGCUAGUUACAGUGUAGGAAUCAUCAUCAGCCUAUCGCAGUCCACUGCUGGACAUAGGCCUCUCCAAGUGCACGCCACUGAGAUCGAUUUAGUGUAUAUAUCGCACGCUUAAUCAUAUACUGACAUAACUAAAAAAAGAUGUUUUUCAAGAAAUCGCUAAAAACGAUUUAGCAAACCUGACUUACCUUACAAAAUGGCUUAUUACUCAAAGAAAAUAACCUUAUAUAAUGAAAUAAUGUAUUGUAGGGAUAGUUGAUAAAGUGAGUUAUUGUAUUUGAAUAUAAUUUUAAAGAAAUAUAGAUUUUUUUACUAUAAAUUAAUCGGUUAAAAAAAUUGUUCCUCAAGAUGCGUCAGUUUAAUAUAAAAUAUAUAGUUACAUUGAUUUAAUACUGGUGACACAUUUUGAAAUGAGUCCGUGUUUCAUUUAAUACAUAACUAAAGAAUAUUCAUUAUUAAGGUAUGGGUCCUUAUACUAUGAAGUAUGAUUUUGAUACUGGUGACAUAUUUUGAAAUGAGUCCGUGUUUUGUUCAAUGUAUGUUCUUAUUAUUAUGAUAAUGAGUCAUAAACUGAUAUCUGUCUCUGUCUCGUAAAAAAGUUUGCCAAAACGAUUGAGUUCGAAAGGGACAGAUAUGGGUCUAACUCCGCCUAGAAAAAAGAUAUCGAAAAAAUUCCGAGAUCGGCCGAAAGAAGGCGUUAAAAUAAACUUCUUGGUACACUUAUUUAAACUUUGACCGAAACACUAAUCGGUCAGUAUAUGAUUAAGCGUGCGAUAUGUACAUAAUUAGCUGGAAUUUAUAUCUAUAAGUUUGUACUUAAUAAAAUAAUGAGUGCAAUAAAUUAUUUAUUUAUACCACAGGUUAA